UUCGGUAGUAGUUUAUGCGCGUGUUCUUUCUCCCUAAAGUCCACAUAUAUCCGUGGGGAAAAACUAUCUAGCUCCAACUUUUCGAAAGAUUCAAUCUUUAAGAGCAACUUUGAGUAAUCAAGAAAGGGAAGAAGUCGGGAAGUGGGUUCACACCAGAAAGGGGGAUUGAGAUUGAAAAAAGGCUCAACUUUCUUGGCUGCAGAGUCUGAAUCCUUAGGUGGAAGAUCCGGCUGGCUAAGUGGUUGAUUUCUGUGUUAAAACUAUGGAACCCCCAAGGGGGUUUCUGGCAUCUCUCUGGAACUUCAUCUGUUUCUUACCUUACUUCAUUGGCCUUCUCAUCCUCGGUACUAUAAAAGGUGUCAUUUUGUGUCCAUUUGUACUUCUUAUAAUUACAGUUGGAAACUCUGCUGUAAUUUUGGGCCUUUGGCCAGUCCACCUGUUCUACACAUAUUACUCCACCUUAAGCGCAAAACAACUAGGGCCAGUUUUGAAAAUUGUUAUCUGCAUAUGUCUUCCAGUUGUUUUAUUACUGUGGCCGCUGAUUGCAAUUAUCAGCAGCAUUCUUGGGGGUGCAGCAUAUGGUUUUCUUUCACCGAUACUUGCCACUUCUCAAGCUGUUGAACAUGGAAAGACCGACAAAUUUUUUCAUUGCAUAUAUGAUGGAACUUGGGAUACAGUCAAACGGAGCUUUACUAUUGUUAGGGAUGUAGGGGAUGUUUGUUACCAUUCCUACUUUUCUAUUAUGGAUGAUCUACGCCUUCAAGGGCCAGUCGCUGGAAAAUACUAUGAGAUCAGGCUGCUUUAUCUUCCUGGAAUGUUAAUUGCUGGCUUGCUAGGAAUUAUGGUUGAUAUGCCUGUGAUCACUGUACUAGCUGCUUGCAAAACCCCUUACAUGCUUUUCAAAGGAUGGCAUCGCUUGUUCCACGACUGUAUUGGAAGGGAGGGCCCUUUCUUGGAGACGAUCUGUGUGCCUUUUGCUGGUCUUGCCAUCCUGCUUUGGCCAUUGGCUGUGGCUGGCGCACUUUUAGGCUCUAUGGUAUCGAGUAUCUUCCUCGGUGCAUAUGCAGGAGUGGUUGUCUACCAGGAGUGCUCUUUGUGGUUGGGGCUUUGCUACAUUGUUGCGUCUUUAUCCAUAUAUGAUGAAUAUAGCAAUGAUGUUCUUGACUUGCCAGAAGGAUCAUGCUUCCCUAGGCCACAGUACAGAAAGAGGACUGUGUCAAGAACCAACUCCCGUGCAGGUUCCUUCUCGAGGGGUGCCUCUUCUAAAAAUCCACUUUCUCGUGCAAAUUCCAUGAAUGCUCCUAUGGUUGAGCUGAAAGCCCUUGAGCUUGCUAAGGGUUUUUUCGACGAGUGUCAACAUUAUGGGGAAAUUUUGGUGUCUGAAGGCGUUGUAACACGAAAGGACAUUGAAGAUGCCAAGUCUAAUAGGGAGAGUGGGCGGAUCAUAAGCAUAGGCCUGCCUGCUUAUGGCUUUCUUCAGGUACUUCUACGCUCUGCCAAAGCCGACUCCACUGGUUUAUUGUUGAAAAAUACUACUGAAAUAACAAGCACAAACAGGCCAAAAGAUGCCUUCUAUGACUGGUUUCUAAACCCACUCUUGAUCAUGAAAGACCAGAUCAAGGCCGACAACCUUUCUGAUCUCGAAGAGGAAUACCUUUGUAAAUUGGUCUUGUUGUACGGUGAUCCUGAGAGGUUGAAGAAUUCGAACAUUGGCCUCCCACCUGACUCUGAGCUAAGGCGGGCUGAGCUUGAUGCAUUAGCUCGAAGACUUCAUGGGAUUACCAAAUCUGUAUCGCGAUACCCAACAUUUAGGCGCCGGUUUGACAGCAGCAUGAAGAUCAUCUUAGAAGAAUUGGGGAAGAAGAAUGAGGACAGCAGAAGAUGUGCAGAACCUUUAACUAUCCCCAGGUCAAGAAGCAUGUUUGCUAGGAUAUUUAGCCAGAAAUCUUUGAGAGGAAAAACAAGCUACCAUGGAUAUGAUCAAGAAGCUCAACCAGUUGGUGCAGAGAGAGAAGUUGAGAUUCAGUAACAAGUUUUUGUCUUUAGUUUCCACUUUCCAUUGCCACUCAGAAUUGGAUGUUCAAAGGAAAUGUAGCUGAUAUACUGAUACAAUAAAUGUACAGCCAUUGUUGUGUAAAAAUGGUCUUUACCUCUUCCAAGUCUGUUUAAUAUUAUGGUAUCAAUUUGUGAUUGUAA